UGAAAGCUCAAGUGUGUAUGUUGUAUAUAGAGAAUGACAAAAAUGAACUCAAUAAGAGUAGUUAUCUUUAACAAUUCGAUACUAUUAAAUAGGCCAUUCAAAACGCACUCGUUACUAUCGCGAUAGCUGAAAGCUGUGAUAGUUGAUCAAACGAAACUAUCGAUCAAAGCUAUCAUCUCUAGCAAAAAGCGUGGUUAAAACGUAAUAGUCCUGCGUCUCUUGAGAAAUAGAAUCAGAGUGAUUUUAGAGUUUACGAUGUCAGAUUACGGCGGAUUAGAUCUUUUGAUUGAGCAACUACAACGUUGUGAAAUCAUUCCCGAGUAUAAAGUGCGCUCCCUGUGCGGCAAGGCACGUUCGCUGCUCAUCGAGGAAUCGAACAUGCAACGCAUCGACCCUCCGGUGACUGUUUGCGGCGACAUUCACGGCCAGUUUUAUGACCUGAUGGAGCUGUUUAAGAUUGGCGGCCAAGUGCCCGACAAGAACUAUCUCUUUCUGGGCGACUUGGUGGAUCGCGGCUUCUACAGCGUGGAAACCUUUCUGCUGCUGCUCGCUCUCAAGGUGCGCCAUCCGGAUCGCAUUUGGUUGAUACGCGGCAAUCACGAGUCGCGUCAAGUGACUCGGACCUAUGGCUUCUACGAUGAGUGUUUUUCGAAAUAUGGGAAUGGCAAUGUGUGGAGAUAUUGCAUGGACAUUGCCGACUACUUCAGUCUAUCGGCCAUUAUCGAUAACGAGGUAUUCUGUGUGCACGGCGGUCUAUCGCCCUCAAUCAAUCGUUUGGACGAGCUCAGACCGAUUGAUCGCAAACAGGAGGUGCCCCAUUUUGGUCCCAUGUGUGAUCUGCUAUGGAGUGAUCCCGAGGAUCAGCUUGGCUGGAAGGUUUCGCCUCGUGGUGCUGGCUUUCUUUUUGGCAGUGAUGUUGUCGACAAGUUCAAUUACACCAACAACAUUAACAUCAUCUGUCGUGCCCAUCAACUGGUCAUGGAGGGCUACAAGUUUCAUUUUAAUCGACAACUGUUGACAGUUUGGUCGGCACCUAACUAUUGUUAUCGCUGUGGCAAUGUGGCAGCUAUUCUCGUUCUCAACGAGAACUUGCAACGUGAUUUUGUCAUCUUUGAUUCGCCCGAAAUGAAAGAAUUUACAGUAACCAAAAAACCACCGCCUAAAUAUUUUCUAUAAUGAGGAAAGAUGACAUCUUAAGAAGGAAUUUAAAUGGCAGUCUCUUUAACUUAAUCUUAAGUCUUCAAUAACACAACUAUGAAAGGAAAUUUCACUUCAGAUUAUGCAUUAGGAAAUAAUCGGGGAAUUCCGAUAGAAUUUUUCCCCCACUUGCAUUAACAAGUAUCUGUCUUCAACUGCCUCUUGACGUUAUGCAGUCAGAAUACUUGUUAUAUAGCAGUGCCAUUGUUGUAUUACUAAUUAUUAUAAAUGUGACAAAUAUAUAUGCUGAUGUCAUACGCGAUAAAGCAAUGUUCACCAACAACUGAACUAUACUUACAUUUUAAUAACGGUCAUUAUGAAAGAAUCUGCUGAAAGUCAAUAAAAUAUA